AUGGCCGCGGCCCUCUCGAUACUCGCGGCGAUGCUGCUCCCCUGCUGGGAGGAGUUCCCGCAAUUUAAAAAGGGGUCUACGAACGGGGCUAGGUGUUCCCACCACUUGGAGUGCUACAGCGACUGCUGUCUCAUCAACUUGGACCACGGUGCCUUCUGUGUCCCUAGGGCCAGAAUAACCAUGAUGUGCUUGCCCCAAACCAAGGGCGCCAUUGACAUCACAUGCCCCUGCCAAGUAGGCUUAAGUUGCAUACACAAGGACCCAGUCUGUACCCGCCGGUACCAUUUGAUUUAG